UGUGAUGAAAUAUUAGGUAUGUACCCUAAUGAUUUAUGUGAUUACCUGAUUGAGAUAUAUUCCCUUGUUAUUAGUGCACCUUAGUUUUUGGCUCUCCCUGUUGUAUCUAUUCAUCGUACUGUGGUAAGUGUGUUAGUGAUGGGAUAAAGGCAGGAAGGCAGGAAGUUGGGCCUUCAGGUGGGAGGGAGUCCUAGCUAGACGUGGGAGAGGUAUAGUCUUUUGACCAUACAUACACACAUGAGUGUGCAAAGCUGUCAUCAAGGCCAAGGUUGGCUUCUUUGAAGAAUCUCAAAUAUAAAAUAUAUUUUGAUUUGUUUAACACUUUUUUUUUGUUACUAUAUGUACAUGAUUAUUUCGUAGUGUUGAUGUCUUCACCAUUAUUCGUCAAUGUAGAAAAUAGUCCAAAUAAAGAGUAGGUGUACCCACAUUUUGGACUGGUACUGUAUAUCUAUAUGUUUUUACAGGACAAAUGUGAGGAUGCACGUGCCCCAUGACGCUUCUGAUGGUACGUUCUGUUUUGUUGUCAUGUGCACUAGAAUGUGUGUAAAAAAACAUUUGGUAAUAUUACAUCUCCUGUCCUCUUUACCCACCAUGUGUAAAUCUGGUGUAAAUCUACAGAAGAUAUAUAUUACAUCUCCUGUCCUCUUUACCCACCAUGUGUAAAUCUGGUGUAAAUCUACAGAAGAUAUAUAUUACAUCUCCUGUCCUCUUUACCCACCAUGUGUAAAUCUGGUGUAAAUCUACAGAAGAUAUAUAUUAUAUCUCCUGUCCUCUUUACCCACCAUGUGUAAAUCUGGUGUAAAUCUACAGAAGAUAUAUAUUACAUCUCCUGUCCUCUUUACCCACCAUGUGUAAAUCUGGUGUAAAUCUACAGAAGAUAUAUAUUACAUCUCCUGUCCUCUUUACCCACCAUGUGUAAAUCUGGUGUAAAUCUACAGAAGAUAUAUAUUACAUCUCCUGUCCUCUUUACCCACCAUGUGUAAAUCUGGUGUAAAUCUACAGAAGAUAUAUAUUACAUCUCAUUAAAAAGCAACUCCACUAGUUCUCAGGUUGUUCUCUGAUUGGUUUAAAAUUGUAAGCAGCAGCAGUAGCACCCCUUAGCAACUAACGUCUCAAAUAGGAAGCUAAAAGCUCUGUGGCUAAUCUGAUCAACACUGUCAGGGUUAGUAGUUUCCUGUGUCUGAUGUCAGAGCUCAGUAAUGCUGAAUCUAUCAACCACAACAAGGAGAGAACGGUCUCGUUCCAGGCCAACUAUAUUGCUGUUGAGUUUGACGCUACGACAAGUGAGCAUCAAAUCGCUAUACCAUAUGAUGUGGUUAACUGAUAUGUUAAACAGUAAUCCAGGAGAUGUGAGAUCUGGCAGGUGACUUCAAUGUAGUCAGCCUGGAACGUGGCCAAAAGGGUGGCAGUUAACUGUCAUAACAUCUACUGUCUAUCCACAGGUUAACUGUCAUAACAUCGACUUUUUAUCCACAGUUUAAUUGUCAUAAAAUCUACUGUCUUUCCACAGGUUAAUUGUCAUAACAUCUACUGUCUAUCCACAGGUUAACUGUCAUAACAUCUACUGUCUAUCCACAGGUUAACUCUCAUAACAUCUACUGUCUAUCCACAGGUUAACUGUCAUAAAAUCUACUGUCUUUCCACAGGUUAAUUGUCAUAACAUCUACUGUCUAUCCACAGGUUAACUGUCAUAAAAUCUACUGUCUUUCCACAGGUUAAUUGUCAUAACAUCUACUGUCUAUCCACAGGUUAACUGUCAUAAAAUCUACUGUCUUUCCACAGGUUAAUUGUCAUAACAUCUACUGUCUAUCCACAGGUUAACUGUCAUAUCAUAUACUGUCUAUCCACAGGUUAAUGUCAUAACAUCUACUGUCUAUCCACAGGUUACUUUGACACUAUAACUGUUGUUUUGACACCACUAUAAUACAGAAUAUCUCGAAGAGAUGGAAAUCCUAUGUGUUACUGAGAAAUGUAUGGAACUCAUCCAGUGAUGUCAUUACCAGUCACACAACCUGACAGACUGUGACCAUGACAACUGACCACACGGUGCAGUGGUAGACUUGGGGUCGAGGGGAGCGUCAGAAAGACAGAAAGGGGGAACGUUAACCCUUUCUCAGAAGCGUCACUUUUAGUUGAAAAUGGCCCUGUGGUGAACCAAGGUAGAGCUGUGUACAUCCUCAUGCAUGUGUACAUUUGCAGACAUGAAGAUCUGCAUGACUUUGUUCACGUAUUCGCUUGGUGCUUCAGUGUGGGAACAGGAUUUGUGGUCAUGUCUGCUUGUAAAGUCAGAUCUCUGACCAGGUAUAAGUAGAUCUUGGCAGACCGUCUGCAAAAACACAUCCUGAAGCUGAACAAUACAAAACAACCUCUAUCGUGCUCCAGUCUGGUGCUGCUGAAGUCAUGGAGAGAGACAACAUCCUAACCUUUGCUGUGCUGUGUGUCUUCCAUGUUUGGACUCCGGGUGUGGAUACAAAGAUGGUCAGUCUCCCUCUGCAUGGUCUAAAAUCCAACAUCCCUUUAAACAUGGCUCCAGACUCUGUUGAUGACUCCUACAAGGGCUGUGAGGAUAAGAUGUUCAGGAAGGUGCUUAACUAUUACCUGAAAACGGAGAGACUAAAAAACAAAGAUUUCAACCAGGCUUGGACCGAUGCUGAGGCCCGUUACAAACCGAAACAGAAAAGAGCACUGUCUAAAAUCUAUUCCCUGGCAAUCCAGGUGUAUGUGACUGAAUACUCCCAAAUGUUCAAGUCAUUCAACGAGGCCACUCGCACCCAAAAGAAGAGCUACACCACAACAUUCCAGUACCACUCCCUGCACUUCCUUCUGACCAAUGCUUUACGAAUCCUGAACAAGAAAAAUAAGCGUUUCCAAACCUUCCGAGGAACCAACGUGUCUUUCCACGGAGUCCGAAAUACUGAAAUGCGAUUCGGACAGUUCACCUCGAGCUCUUUAGACAAGAAAAUCGCAGGUGAACGCUUUGGAAAUCGCUCCUGUUUUGAGAUCACCACCUACUUUGGUGCCCCGCUGGGGGAGUACGCAUCUCAGAUGGCUCAUGAGAAGGAGGUGCUGAUUCCUCCCUACGAGGUGUUCAGAAUUACAGAGGUGCUGAAGAGAAAAGACAAGAAAGACCUCUGGUGUGACGUCGUCUACAAAUUGCAGAGUACUAAGAAAGGAAAAAGUGACCUGAAAUGCCAGAUGGUUCGACCACUCCAAGGAGAGUAAAAUCAAAACAGCAACACAGCUGUUUUGCUUUCAGUCAAAUAUGAAAUGCAGUUUUUAGUGCAACACCUGGCUUCCCCAUCCACCGUCGCUCCUCCCACAAAUACAGGAAAUACAGAAAACAUUAGCGGAGCUUUUCCUACUUUCAGAUUGUCAGAUCUGUCCUGUUGUAAGUGUUUCCCACAUUGUUUGCUUAGACUGUUAACCUUUCUUCUGCCAGUGAAUUGGCAUUUGUUGUCAUGUGCACUGCAGCUUUAGCUAAAAACCUAUAAUGAAAAGCAUUCAGCAAUAUUACAUCUCCUGUCCUAUUUAUCCACUACCUACACAUCCAUUAUAAAGAGAUGAAUUUCAUCUCACUUGAAGAAAAUGUGUUUGUUCUCAGGUUAUAAUUACAAUGGGCUACAAAGAUACUCUGAUUUAAAUAAAGAAAUAGCCAAAGAUAA